AUGUUUCCCUUUGACUUGUUUUCAGCGACCACCUGGACUUUAGUGGCUCUGUGUUUCACCCUCUUUAUCCUGUUAGUAGAUAAUGUCGAUUACAUUUCCGUGGCCAUAACAAGGACGGUUCGUUUGUAACUUCUGUAACUGUCUUUUUAUUACUCAGGUAUGGACUAUGGCCUUUUAAGUUUUUCCAUAAAAUGGGAGUGCGUGGACCGAGGCCACUGCCUUUUAUCGGGACAAUGCACAACAUGGGAAAGGUAAGGAAAAAAAACAAAACAAAACAAAACAGAAACAACGACCAAUAAGUCAUUAUGAGGAUGACCAUUACAGUGUAGUUUGUUGAACCUCCAGGAACUAACCCAGUGAUAAAACUUGUGUUAAAAUGCCUACUUUAUGGCUUAAACUGUUCUUCCCUUGAACCUUUGGACACUUGUUGACACAGUUCAUGAAUUUUUUUGCAGGGAUUAAUUACUUUUGACCGUGAGUGCCAGAACAAAUAUGGGGAUGUGUGGGGGUGAGUUUUUACUUCAUCGUUUAAAAUACUGACAUGUGACAUGAGUGGUGGGAAAAGAGGUCUGGAUUUUUGUUCUUUUCACAAAUUAGGUCAUAAACUGAUAGACGUGGCAUGACUGACAAAAAAUCUUCCUUAUCCUGGCUUUAAAAUUAAGAUAUUCCUUAGAGGGUUUGUGGAGAUGUGGGAGUUAGAUGAAAACAUGAUAAUGUAUUUGUAUAUACUGUAUGUGUUUGGUUCCUCAGUGGCGAGUUGUCAUAUCUGGUUGUAGAAAUAAACAUGAAUUAUAAUACAAAAACCCAAACAGUUCAUUAUCAUGACAAAAUACAUAACAUGAUAAACGUUUCACUAUUUGGAAUUCAUGAUUUUCGUGGUUAAACAUGGUACUACACAAAGAAUAAAAUGGUCUGUUGGUUUUUAAUGAUGCUCAAUAACAUAUGUGUUCAAUCCAUGUUUUUUGUUUGUUUUGUUUCGUGCAGAGUGUAUGAUGGACGAACACCUGUCCUCAUGGUGGCAGAUCCUGAGAUCAUUAAAACUGUGUUGGUGAAAGAGUGCUACUCAGUGUUCACCAACCGCAGGGUAAAAGACUACACCUUUAUAAAUUUUUUUCAGUGUGUGGAUGUCAAACAAAGAGUGUCUCUAAAUUGCAGAGUUGUGCAGGAUAUUACAGUUAUUACAUAACUCUUGGUAAUCCCAUGAAUGACUCUCAGUUGAAGGUAGGGUAAAGGGAACAGCCCAUUACCUUGUCACAAGAGUAGUAAUACCUUUUACACCACCAAAUUACUGAACAGAUACUUCUAAUAUCCAGCAAAAAGUUCACCACUUCCACUUCUGUUUCUGGACCACAAAUGAAAAAAUUGACAGCUGCGUGUACUUGACACACGUUCAGAUUUGUAGUCAUAUCCUGUUGACAGUACAGGCAACUUGGAAAAAAAACAUAGACCUAAUCUUUUUACUGCUUCACAGGUGCCAUAAAAGAUCACUCAUAUUAGAGGAGUAAAACCCAUAUGUAGGUUUAGAAAAUGUAAACAGUUUGUACUGAUUAUGUUGAGAACUGGAGCCUGUGAACCUCACAAAGUUAAAAACAAGAAGCUUUCAGCCAAAUAUGUUUCACAUGAGACUAUUAAUGUAAGUCUUGAUGCAUGGACCCCUGUAAAGAGUUUUUACUAAAAAAAAAGAAGUGAAAUUUCCAGUGAUAACUCUUUAUGAGCGACAAAAGUAAACAAGGCCAUGAGUGACAAGACUGAUCAUUUGUGCUGCUUUAAAUGUCUAAAAUAGCUGCUGUAGGGUAAAUGUCAAACAGAGUGAGUUAUUGCAUGUACUGUGGCAAUUUCCAAAACAGAGAUAUACAACGGAUGAGUAGGAUUUUUAUUGAAAACUGCUUCUCACACAUGUACGGGAUAAAUGUGGCCUGAGCAGACGAGAUUACCUCUAUGUUCUGGGAAAUAGAAAUGCUGCAAAGUCUUGGGCACAAAAUAACAAGAAUUCACACUGUAGUAAACUUGGAAUUUUUUUGUUACAGGAGAACAUAAUUGGAGGACCUUUUGAUGAUGCAAUAACAACAGUUAAAGAUGAUAGGUGGAAAAGAAUAAGGAGCACGCUCUCACCAUGCUUCACCAGUGGAAGACUGAAACAGGUCAGUAUCAUAUCUGUUUCACUACCCACUUCUAUAACAUGUAAUUAGUGCUGUAUCUUUUGCUUUCAAUGACAAAAAUGAAUGUGUACAGUAUAUAAUAUCAUGCAUGUAUUCUUUUCUGAAGGUUUUUCCCAUCGUUGUUCGUUAUGCAGACCGGCUGGUGGAAAAGCUUGGAGAGAGAAAAACAGAUGAAUCGGUUGAUAUCAAACAGUAUGUUCACUACUUGUAAUCAUGUUUUUAUAAAAGAGGUGGUAUUUACUGAGUACCAUACUCAAGACCUCAAUGCAAGCGAAUCUUAGCUGCUGAUUAAAUGAAACUGCAGUCAUCACAGGCUGUCCAGUUAGAACAUGAAACAUGCUAAUCCAAGACAUCCAAGCUAACACACUCUCUGGAGAUUUAACUUAUUUAUUGUCAGCUUGAUUUCUUGGUGGCAGAUGAAGGUGAAUCUGUAAAUGUGUGUGUGUGUAUAUGCAUGUUUCUGUGUGAUUUCUACAAAAGAGAAUAAGAAAAAAUACAAAGAACAGUAAAUGAAUGAAUGAAAUAAUGUAAAAUACAAAUAUCAAGUGUACAAAAAUGUGUCUAUACAUAGAGCAGGACAAGUAAUGUUGUGCAAAUCUGUUUAAUGCAAGGUUUUCAUCAGAAAAUAAUGAACGAAAGGCAAAGAACUCGUUAAUUCUAAGGAAAAAUCAACAUAUUGCUGAUUCUGUGAUUGCCAUUAUUUCUGCCCCCACACAAACAGAGCACAGUCCCAGGAAAUGCGUGACGGUCCUUUAAUGGACGCAAACGUGUAACUGUAAAGAUUAUUCACACAAUGAUAUACAUACACAAGGAAUGAUAGUAAAUAACAAUGAGAACAACACUUUGACUAACUGAUAUAAUUUAUUUGAAAUUAUACGGUCAAUGUUGUUUGUAAUUAAGUAAAUGAACACAAUAGCAUUUAAUCUAUUUGGGCUCCUCUCCUUUUUCUCUAGGUUUAUGGCACCCUACAGUUUGGAUGUUAUCACCAGUGUGUCUUUCGGCGUUGAAGCAGAUGCCAUACACAAUCCAGAGGACCCGCUGGUUGUUCAUCUCAAAAAGAUUUUAAACUUUAGACUUUGGCCCUUCUUUUUACUGAGUAUGUUCUCAUUUACUUCUAUUAGAGACAGAGCUCAUUUGAUCCUCAUAGUAUUUUUGUGUAUUAUGUAUAUGUAUAUAUGGUUUGGUUAACAAUUCCUCUGUGUCUUUUCAGUGAUAUUUCCCUUUGGCAGUCGCUUGUGUAAGCUCCUUGAUAUUGACAUAAUGCCAAGACUCAGCGUGAACUAUUUCUACGACAUCAUCAAGAAAUUUAAAGACGAGCAUCAGUCUGAAAAAUCAGUAAGUCUCUCCUCUGACAGAGAAUUGAAGGAACUUUUUGAUGGCUUUCAGAGCCAGCCCCAAGUGGCAAUUUCAGGAGCUGCAGUUUUUGACUCGAGGCACAUUUCCUAAAUGUCAAGUUGUUCAUUGAAGUCUAGAUCUUAUUGUCUUGUUUAAAUCAGUUCAGCUUGCAAACAUAAGAAUGUUCAUAUCUCAGUGAAUGCUACCUUUUACAUUUAGAAGUGAUACACUGUUCUGUUGCAUUGUCUAGUUUAAUGUUAAUGUGUUCUGUACACAGGUCCGAGCAGACUUUCUCCAGGUGAUGGUUCAGAGCGAGAUACCAGAUUCAGAUGUGAAGGAUGAACAGGACCAACCCAGUAAAGGUAUGUUUACACCACAAUAAAAAAUGUGUGUCCCCCCCAAUUGGUAUCGGCCCAAAGAAAUCCACAUCGGUCGGGCCCUAAUUAUAAUUAUUAAUUUAGCCAGAAUGAACUCAGGUUUGUUUGGAAAAAAAUGUAAAGUAUUAGGGCGGGCUGACAACACAAGAUUCCUUGCUAUUAGUUUAGUUUAAAUCAUAGAGCACUACCCUCUAAUCUGAGACCGAACACACAAUUAAAUGUUAGCUUGGUUUUAAAAUAAGGAAACAUAUCCACAUGUAUACAGGUCAGUUCAGCCACUGUGUAAUUUAAAGAUGAAACCUGAUAUAGCUGCCCUCUGUUUAUUGUAGAUGAGGAAUAAAUACACUGAUUACAGUUUAAUCAGCUGUUGAUCUAUUUUGUAACAUUUUUCUGUGUUUUGUUUCAGGUUUGACUGAGCACGAGAUUCUCACCCAGGCCUUCUUCUUCAUUUUUGGUGGCUACGAGACCACCAGCGUCACUCUUAGUUAUAUCAUGCACAACCUGGCCACCAACCCUGAUGCCAUGCAGACCUUACUGGAAGAAAUCGAUGCCAACGUGCCAAAAGAUGUACAUUCAUUCUUGCAUUAAACUUGUUUCCAACUUUAGAAUAUGAGAACAAUGUUUGUUUGACACCUCUUUUCGCCCUCUCUGUCCAGGCCCCUGUGUCAUACGAGAAUCUGUUCAGUCUACAGUACCUGGACCAUGUUGUAAAUGAGUCAAUGCGUUUGAGUCCAACAGCACCUCGGCUGGAGAGGUUGUGCAAAAAAUCUGUCCAGGUCCACGGCCUCAACAUACCUGAAGGAACUCUUGUUGGGAUUCCUGCACACUUAUUACACAUGGACCCUCGCUAUUGGAGUUCUCCUGAGAAGUUCAGACCAGAGAGGUAAGUGUACAAAAACCUGUCGUGUUUUUCUUUUUACACAUGAACCUGUGAAGAGAGGGGACAUUCUUUCUUUUUUUUUUUUUGUUUGGGAGCCAAAGCAAAUGUUAUGAGGUAACAUCAGCACAUCAGGCCACAUAUCAGAGUCAAGAAGCCAGAGUGCUAAAUGACACAGUGCUGAAAAUAACAGGAACAUCUUUUCAGGAUGUGCAGAUGUAAGCACCGGAAGUCACUUAGUCUUGUCUGUAAUGUUAACCUCUGACUUACUUGCAAACUGAAAGAAUCACUGAAUGAAGUUUUUAGAAUUAACCACUUAAUUUAAAAAAAAUUACAAAGUUUUUUCAGGUAAUAAUUAAUACUUUUGCAAUACAAUGCAUGGCUUUCUAUCCUGAUCACCCUGAUUACUACAGUAACUAUGUCAUGUGUGUAUAUGUGUGCAGGUUCAGUGAAGAUGGGGAGGAGGUGAACCCAUAUGCAUUCAUGCCAUUUGGACUCGGUCCCCGCAACUGCAUUGGGAUGCGUUAUGCUCUCCUCACAGUGAAGAUGGUUCUUGUCCGUCUUCUGCAGAAUUACACUGUGGAAACAUGCAAAGACACUAUGGUAAGAGUUUGAAUGUGUAUGUGAGCUCAGAUUGUUCACCUUUAAUCCAACUCUUCUUUUACUAAUAUACAAACUGUACUUUUCUCCCGUUAGAUUCCUUUGGAGUUUGACUGGAAGUUCCAGCCAACAAAGCCAGUAAAACUCAGCUUAGUCCCCAGACAGUAG